AUGGUAGGUUUUGAUUUGUCAGGUUAAAAGAACUUUAAGUAGCAAAAUCACAUCGUGUUUAUUCAUUUUGGAGCCUAGAUUCAUCCCUUGCAGCAGUGCAUUUGAAAACCAUGAUUUUAUUAUUUAUUUUUUGCAAUUCACACACAUCCAUUGACUGUCAGGACUCAAAUAAGUUUAGAUUAAAUACCAGCAUGCAGAGUAUACGGACAUCGGAUAACGCGUGUGUGUUUAAAGCUGCUCUCUGGGAUGCAUUGAUUUCAGCACUUCUCAUAGAAAAGCAUAUUGCUGAAUUGGUUUUAAUGACAGACUUGCCGCUAGAUAUACAUAGAUACAUAAACAAAUGUUAUUUUCUUAUUUAUUAUGAAGAGGGUCCAUUCAUCUAAAUACAUGCAUUGAUACCACAGAGAGAACCAAUUUCUGUAGGGAUGCUUUUUCUACCUAAUUUCCCUGUGUACUAUUUAAAGGAACACUCCAGUCACCCAGACCACUUCUGCCCAUUGGAGUGGUCUGGGUGCCAACUCCCACUACCCUUAACCCAGAGUCGCUCAAUUCCCCAUAGGAAAGCAUUUUCAAUGCUUUCCUAUGGAGAGCUCUAAUGCUCAUGCGCAGCAUUGAAGAGGAGGAGCGGCAGCGGAGGAAGAAGCAGCGACGUGGGACAUGUCGCUUCCUCUGGUAAGUCACUGAAAGGGUUUUCACCCCUUCAGCAACUGGAGAUUGGGAGGUGGGAGGGAGAGGGGACCUGCAAUGCGAGGAAAACGCAUUAUUUUCCUGGCACUGGAGAGUCCCUUUAAUCUUUAUUACCUUUUGUAUAUCUACAAUGGUUUGUUUGUGUAACAAUAAACACUUAUUUUUAUGAUUUUUUUUUUUUUUUUCCAGCACAAUGAUCAGAAUAUCAGCAGCACUGUGAACACAGUCAUACGACAUCCCGGUGAGUUCUGUUUUCUGGAAGUUUUCAUACAUAUAUUCUGCUCAGUUGAUUGCUACUUCAAGAGUAAAGAUGACUUUUACCUGUAACUUUGUGUUGGCCAAACAGCCAGAAAAUAGAUUUAAAAAAAUAUUCAGCGUUGUCUACAUCUCAGUUUGAAUGACAUUUUACUGAUUAUGAAUAUAAAAACUUUUUAAAUGCAGUGGAAAAGAAUGCAGACCUGAAUAUAAAACACCGCUUUGACAGCAACCUUUUUAGUAUUUUUAAAUGUAAAAUUCCUCAAAAUGUUGGCAAACGUUUACAGAUGAAACUCCAUGUGAAUUCCCUUCUUCUCGGAAAUGUAGUCUUUUAAGGUGUGGAGUCUUAUUUGACACAUUUAGGUUUUUUUUGUGUGGACCAAUUCUGGUUACUAAGGAUAUGCAUACUGCAUUGUUAUCUGCUGUGAAGCCUAUAAAUAAUCUAUUUGUAUAGACCACUAGUUUUAAAGGCAAAUUUAAAUCAUCUGUAUUUUUUGACCUUUUUUUUUUUCUUUCAGAAGUAGAAAGACUAAAGGAGAAUACCAACCACGAUGAUAGCAGCAGCAGAGAUAGUUACUCCUCGGACAGAAAUGCAUCACAGUAUCAUGAUCAUCAUCAUAAAGAACGGCACCAGAACGAUUCCUAUAAGAAGAGUGAGUCUAGGAAAAGACCAUAUUCAAGCUUCAGCAAUGGGAAAGACCACAGAGACUGGGAUCACCACUACAAACAGGACAGGUCUGGUUAUAUUUAUUAAUAUUAAUUAUAGAACGUGCACUGUGUUUUCUUGUUUGUUUCUUAUUUUGUAAAAAAGUUUGCAUUUUUUCAGAAUAUAUAUAUAGCGUAUAUUAUGUAGCAAUUGUAGAAAGUGAAUAUUUAGAGCAGGGCUGCCCAACGGGUAGAUCCCCAGAUGUUGUAGAACUACAACUCCCAUGAUGCUUUGCAUGCCUUUAGAAUGACAAAGCUUCCUGGGAGUUGUAGUUCUACCACAUCUGGGGAUCUACCUGUUGGGCAGCCCUGAUUUAGAGCAAGAAAUCCCUGCUUAAACAAGCUUGCAAUCUAUUAGAUUAAAAUUAUUGGACUGUAUUGUAUCUAAUUCACAUUCUACUUGCUCAAGUAGACUCCUGUUCCAUUUCUGUCAGAAACGGCUUCUUUGGUUGAAGUUAAAUGUUACUUCUUUGUCCAUUUUGGAACGUCCCACGUAGUGACCAGAAUAUAUUUGUAUGGAUCCUUAGAGGUAGCCAUCAGAUUUCAUUGUACAAUGCUGAUUUGGAAAGAUCUGCUUAUGUGAAUUUGUGAAACAAAUUGCUUACAAUUUAAAGUUAGGAGUAGGCAAUAUGUAGAUCCUUAAAUGGUGUUCAACUGCAAUUCCCAUGAUGUAUUGCUAUUUUAAAACCCAGGAAAGCAUCACAGAAAUGUUCUGCAAUAUUUAGGGAUCUACCUUUUGGUCAUCCUUGAUUUAAAAAAACAUGCAUAUAGUAUUAGUACCUAAAGGAACACUAUAGCUUACGAAUACAAAUAUGUAUUCCUAACGCUGUAGAUUCCUAAUCACCAUUAAUUAACCAUUUAUUUGCUUAGCUUAUUCCAGUGCCGGGCUCCUCGGCGCUGGUGACCUCUCCUCCUCCAUCACCAUCUACUUCAGAGUGGAGCCGAAUGCGUAUUCAAACCCGCCUAUAGGCAAGCAUCACUCAAUGCUUUCCUAUGGGGAUCAUAUUUGACACUGGACUCCGUGAGGACGUCCAGCGUUAGAUAAGUGCGAUUUACUCCGUGUAAAUAGUGGAAGCAGCCUAGUCGGUGAGUCAGCCGCUAGAGGCUGGAUUAAUCCUUCUCUGAAACUGUUUUCAGCUGCAGGGUUAAAUCUAGGGGGACCUGGCACCCAGACCACUUAAUUGAGCUGAAGUGGUCUGGGUGCCUAUAGUGGUCCUUUAACGAAAACGUUACAUUGGUAAGUGUUCAGCAUCCCUGAACAGAAAACUGAUUACUUUUGGUUUUAUUGUUUUGUAAUGUUUUUUUUUUUUUUUAAUAACAUUUUAGUGUUUUCAGCAUGUUCUUAUUAAAAUUGAUUUGUUUUGCUUGUGUGUAGGUAUCACAGUGAAAGUAAACACAGAAAAUUGGACGACCACAGGAGUAGAGAUCAUAGGUCAAAUAUGGAAGGCAGUUUGAAAGAACGGUCUCAUUCUGACCACCGAUCCCAUUCUGAUCACCGUUUACAUUCAGACCACCGCUCCGAUUACAGUCAUUCUAAAUCUUCCAGGGAUUAUCGGUACCAUUCAGACUGGCAGAUGGAACAUCGGGCCUCUGGUAGCGCACCAAGGUCCCCAUUGGACCAGAGGUCUCCUUAUGACUCACGGUCUCCCUUGGGGCGUAGGUCACCCUUUGAUUGUUCGUCUGAUCACAAAAGCACCCCUGAACAUAUAUGGAGCGGAAGGAAAACAUAA